AUGGAAAGUCUCGCAAAGUUCCAUGCCAGUUCCAUUUUGAAGAAACAGGCUGAUCAACCGGCUCCGAGAGCAGGGCUGCUCGAAUAUUGUCGCAAUGCGUUGUUCGCAAUCGGGCUUCGCCUUCCAGGUGAGGCAUGGCUCCUCACGAUCAACUACCUCUGCACAAAUGUGCAUCGACUAUUCGAAAAAGACUGGCCCAUGGUUGUAAGCAAUGUAUGGGUCACUCCGAGCAACGUUGUCGUUGACGAGGAUGGUGUUUUCCAAGGCUGUCUUGACUGGGAAGAUACUGAGGUGUUCCCGUUUGGUAUCGCCGUGGCAACUACUCACAGGUUCCUCGGCGAAUUCAAGACGACGAGCCACAAAGACAUAGCUGUCCAGAAGUGGACCCCUGUUGAGGGCUCCCAGCAAUUGAAAUGGCAUUUUCUGAAAACCCUCCAGGCGUCGUUGGAUGGGGAGAGCAACGUGAUGUGGGACGAGCGCCUUGCGAUAGCUGAGAUGGUGGGGGUUAUAUUGGACCGUUCCUGUGGAUAUGGUAAGAUUUUGGAGGAGAAUGACUAUCCGAUUGUCUUCGACGAUGAUUAUCGGAUGAGUUUUCUCGAUCAGCACAUCUGGGGAAGCGGAGACUCGAUCGCAGAUUGGAUGGGGAGACGCUUUAUUAACGCGGAGGGAAAGCUGGUGGAUGAAUCCCUUGACCUAACAGACCUAGACAUGGUGUGGGACUAUUGA